AUGGCUGAGAAUUUUGCAAUAAUUGAGAACACCCGGUUCGAAGACCAAAUAGUCCCAGACAAAGACAUUACUUUGCCUUCAGCUGACGGUAGUUUGAACAUUGUGUCCAACUGGACAACUUACACUGACACUGAUCUGGACCAGUAUCUCCUAUCACCAGCUCCAUCAUCCCCAGCCCUUCGAAAACGACAAAGGCGUGAUAGCGCUUCAGUGGUCGGUGAAUUUUUUAACGAGGAUGGUGGGCUAAAACCUUCAAUUUUAAGCAACACCAACAACCUACGAAUUGGUCUGUUGGGCAGCUCUAACAACAUGUACACAAACUUGAUGACUCCCCGGAUUUCAUCAAACAUUGGCACUAUGGCGCCGACGAGCCAUAUGGUCCAGCACAACGGCCAACAACAGUCGCAGAUCAACAUUUGUGUGACAGACGAAGGUCGGAGGGACAUGGAAUGGGAUGAUUUUUCUUCUCAUAUAAAGGUCGAGCCAGAAGACUUUGACGUUGACUCCAUGAUCUGUGAUGCUUACGCUCUCCCCCCGGAGACUCAUGAACUAGAUAUGUCCAGUGAGAGGAAUAAGGCCAUGUGGGAUGACAUUCGCGUCGGCAUGCACCUGGUCACUUCCCAAGACGGCAUGAAAGAUGAUAUGGCAGCUCGUAUUAAAUGUGAGCCGCAGGACAAUGACUGGUCCAAGCCGGCGUGCCAGUUUAAUUCUCUUAUCCCACCCUGCAAGUACGAACAGAAUAAUCGUCUCCCCUGCAUCGUGGACGCAAAACCCAACCUCAGUGACCCCCUUGGUCAUCGGACUAAAGGGCCAGUGGGUAUUUCUCAGCAAAUGCCCCUGUCCUAUACCCAAACAUUAUCCAACUUUUCAUCAACUACCUCUUUAUCCUCUUCCAAUUCAUCUUUGUCUUCAUCAUCGUCCCUCUCUUCGUCAUCGUCAUCAUCGUCGAUUGGUCCUAUCUUUCCUACACCUCCAAACUCACAGCCUGCUAGUCCCAACCAGGACACCCCACUUCGCCGUACACCUCCACCACCAUACCCGGGUAAUGCAAGGCAUUACAUGAAGUCUAAUCCUACUGUCUUGUCUGUUCCACCUGUGAGUACUGUCUCAAAGAAAAUUCCCCAAACACAUCCAGGAUGCUCUACGAUAAAAUAUAACAGGAAGAACAACCCUGAACUCGAAAAAAGACGGGUUCAUUUUUGCGACUUCCCAAAUUGCCGCAAAGCAUACACAAAGAGUUCCCAUUUGAAAGCUCAUCAACGAAUCCACACAGGUGAAAAGCCAUAUCUCUGUCACUUCAGCAACUGUCAGUGGCGUUUUGCUCGCUCUGAUGAAUUGACUCGACACAUCCGUAAACAUACUGGCGCUAAACCAUUCAAGUGCAAAGUUUGUGAGCGUUGCUUUGCUCGUUCAGAUCACCUUGCUCUCCACAUGAAGCGCCACGAGCCAAAAAACAAAUGA